AUGAUGGUGGCAGUCGAGAUAAUGACAGGAAGUCUCUUCCAUGUUAACGUAGAAGACAAAGACAAUGCCAGAAUUGUCGAUCUCAAACGUGCAAUCGCAGCCCAGCAGAAGCUGCCCUUUGAUCGCAUGAUCCUGCUGCUUGGAGAUGGUCGUUGUAUAUCAGAUGAUGAGGAGGAUUUGACUAUGGCUGAAUGUGGGGUUGAUGAUGAUGGUUCCCGCGUUUAUCUUUUCUUCAAGCCCAUAGAUGACGGCUCCUCCCGUGACUUUAUUUUCACUUGGCCUGAGGCCUUCUUUUGA